AUGACAUGGCCACCCCCCAACCCCGGCGGCGUAAACCUCCAAUUCAUCGCCGAAGCGCAACAAAUCAUAAACAGCCACAACCAGCACCACGCGCACCAGCCCUCGUUCACCCACGCUACCGGCGGCCACGCACCCAUCACCAACGACGAAAUCGAAUCAGAAGCCGCCUUCAACGCCCAGUUCACUGGACCCCCUACCAUAUUAGACUACGAUACACUCAACGGUAUUGGUUCCAGCAGCGGUGGACACGGCGCGCACCGCUUACAUGGGCAAGCGCCACAAACAGGAGGGAGUAGUGCUGGUAAAGGGGAAGCUCCACCCAGUAAAACCACGCUAGAAACACGAAAGAGUCUGCAGGCGCGGGGCAAGAAUUGGAAUUCUUUCUCUAAUGAGGCGCAGGGAAGGGCGUGGGAGGAGAGGCAGAAGAGGGAUGAGGCGGUUAGUAUAUUGGAGAGCGAGGAGAUGCUCAUGUGGAUUGCGGGGGUGAGGAAUGAGGUAUGUCCUGCGAAUGAUCACACAAGUUGGAGAGGAGAUUGGUUGCUAAUUCGUGGGUGGAUGCAGAGUGCACCGCAAACGCGCGCGUUUUACCGUAACAUCGUCCUCGGUCUCGAACAACCGCCUGCGGAUUGGAAUGAUGAGUGGGAGGUACAAGGGACUGGAAGUGGAGCCGCAGAAGGGCAGGGUUUGGCUGGCAGUGGGAGUCCGGCGAGGAGUGGAAAGGGUAAGGAGAGGGAUAUUGCGAAGAUGAGGAAGAGAGUUAGUUCAGGACAAGGACCUACUUGA